UUGCAGCUACUCCGUGCAGCUGGACAAUUGAAAAAUGUCAGUGUCAAAGUGGUCGAUUAUAAUCAGUAAGAUUUCAAAAAGAUUUUCGGAAAUAUCUAAAUAAAGAAGUGUUUUUCCAGUAAAAUUUCAUUCAUCAAUCAGUUGAAUACCACCUCAAAAGCUGAUAUUUUCAUCGGAAUGCAUGGCGCCGGUUUAACACAUUUGCUUUUUCUUCCACCGUGGGCUGCAGUUUUCGAAUUGUUUGUUUUCUAUCAAUUAAUAUUUUGUAAAGAAAAUAAGGAAUUUUGUAGGUACAAUUGUGAUGACGUUGCAUGUUAUUCAGAUUUGGCGCGACUCAAAGGUGUCAAGUAUUUCACAUGGAAUCCGGAAAAAGUUUGUUUUUCAGCACUUAUCCACGAAAUUUUUUAGUUUCAAAAUUUUGCAUUUUAGGUCCAUCUAAUAAGUGCAGAUUCUGAAGGACGUCAUCCUGGAAAUGGAGAAAAACACAAAAAAUUUGCCAACUACAAUUUCGAUAUACCGGAAUUUACUAGAAUUCUCAAAGAGGUAUUUUACCUGAAGUUUUUCAAACUUUUUUGUUAAAUUUCAGAUGAUAACGUAUGUUCGUCGGAAUCCGGAAUUUCAACAUUCUCGACGAAUUCUGAAACGUCAUCUUCGAUCAAAACAGAAAGAGCUUUAA